GCGAGCUGUGAAUAUUGUUCGGUGUGAAAUUGAGUAAGGACUGUAUGGUUGCAGAUCUCUAGGGAAGUGAUUUUCUUUCAAAUCCCGCCUUCUGCUUUGUUUUCGGUGUGUAAAACACUGCUUAAACGGCUACUGGACUAUCAGAAAAACGUUAUUUACAACUAUCACAUGGUGUUGCAUGAUAUGACAAGUUGUAACUUCAGGCUAUAGGGAUGGCAUCUAUUGGAUAGUGUGAAAUCUUGUAGGCUGUAAUUGAAGGGAUUUCUUCGUAACUGUUUGAUGCAUAAUAGACCUGGAAAUCAGUAAGUUGUGGAGGAGGUCAACUGCACACAUGUUGCAACUAAGCGCAACUUUUGAUUUGCAGCAGGAUGUGGUGUCAAGUAUAUUCAAGAAAGAGGCGACCGUGGGAGGAAUCAAAGGUAAGAGCUAUCUGGUUGUCUCACUAACGAUAUCCAAAACCUAUACUUUGCGCCUUUACGCCAAGGUGACAAUGUGUGACAAAUACCAUGAUAGUAGUGACAUAUGUAAUGGCAAUAUGUAUUCAGUGGUGGAAAAAGUACCCAAUUUUCAUACUUGAGUAAAACAAUGUAAAGAUACCUUAACAGAAAAUGACUCAAGUAAAAGUGAAAGUCACCCAGUAAAAUACUACUUGAGUAAAAGUCUAAAAGUAUUUGGUUUUAAAUAUACUUAAGUAUCAAAAGUAAAAGUAUACACUACCUGUCAAAAGUUUUAGAACACCUACUCAUUCAAGAGUUUUUCUUAAUUUUUACUAUUUUCUACAUUGUAGAACAAUAGUGAAGACAUCAAACCAAUGAAAUAACACACAUGGAAUCAUGUAGUAACCAAAAAAGUGUUAAACAAAUCAUAAAUAUCUUUUAUAUUUGAAAUUCUUCAAAUAGCCACCAUUUGCUUUGAUGACAGCUUUGCACACUUUAGGCAUUCUCUCAACCAGCUUCAUAAGGUAGUCACCUGGAAUGCAUUUCAAUUAACUGGUGUGCCUUCUUAAAAGUUAAUUUGUGGAAUUUCUUUCCUUCUUAAUUCAUUUGAGCCAAUCAGUUGUGUUGUGACAAGGUAGGGGGUGUAUACAGAAGAUAGCCCUAUUUGGUAAAAGACCAAGGCCAUAUUAUGGCAAGAACAGCUGAAAUAAGCAAAGAGAAAUUACAGUCCAUCAUUACUUUAAGACAUGAAGGUCAGUCAAUGCAGAACAUUUCAAAAACUUUGAAAGUUUCUUUAAGUGCAGUCGCCAAAACCAUCAAGUGCUAUGAUGAAACUGGCUCUCAUGAGGACCGCCACAGGAAUGGAAGACCCAGAGUUACCUUUGCUGCAGAGGAUACGUUAAUUAGAGUUACCAGCCUCAGAAAUUGCAGGCCAAAUAAAUGCUUCACAGAGUUCAAGUAACAGACACAUCUCAACAUCAACUGUUCAGAGGAGACUGUGUGAAUCAGGCCUUCCAUGGUCGAAUUGCUGCAAAGACACCACUAUUAAAGGACACCAAUAAGAAGAAGAUACUUGCUUGGGCCAAGAAAUACGAGCAAUGGACAUAGUGUCUUUGUGAGAUGCGUGUGGUUGAACGGAUGAUCUCUGCAUGUGUAGUUCCCACCGUAAAGCAUGGAGGAUGAGGUGUUAUGGUGUGGGGGUGCUUUGUUGGUGACACUGCGAUUUAUUUAGAGUUCAAGGCACACUUAACCAGCAUGGCUACCACAGCAUUCUGCAGUGAUAUGCCAUCCCAUCUGGUUUGGGCUUAGUGGGACUAUCAUUUGUUUUUCAACAGGACAAUGACCCAACACACCUCCAGGCUGUGUAAGGGCUAUUUUACCAAGAAGGAGAGUGAUGGAGUGCUGCAUCAGAUGACCAGGCCUCCACAAUCCCCCGACCUCAACCAUAUUGAGAGUGAAGGAAAAGCAGCCAGCAAGUGCUCAUCAUAUGUGGGAACUCCUUCAAGACUGUUGGAAAAGCAUUCCAGGUGAAGCUGGUUGAGAGAAUGCCAAGCGUGUGCAAAGCUGUCAUCAAGGCAAAGGGUGGCUAUUUUAAGAAUCUCAAAUAUAAAAUAUAUUUUCAUUUGUUUUGCACUUUUUUGGUUACUACAUGAUUUCAUAUGUGUUAUUUCAUAGUUUUGAUGUCUUCACUAUUAUUCUACAAUGUAGAAAAUAGUAAAAAUAAAGAAAAACCCUUGAAUGAGUAGGUGUUCUAUUUACGGAUAGCCAGGGGCAUGCUCCAACACUCAGACAUCAUUUACAAACGAAGCAUGUGUUUAGUGAGUCCGCCAGAUCAGAGGCAGUAGGGAUGACCAGGGAUGUUCUCUUGAUAAGUGUGUGAAUUAGACAAUGUUCCUGUCCUACUAAGCAUUCAAAAUGUAAUGAGUACUUUUGGGGUGUCAGGGAAAAUGUAUGGAGUAAAAAGUACAUACUUUUCUUUAGGAAUGUAGUGAAGUAAAAGUAAAAGUUGUCAAAAAUAUAAAUAGUAAGUAAAGUAAAGUACAGAUACCCCCAAAAACUACUGAAGUAGUACUUUCAAGUAUUUCUACUUAAGUACUUUACACCACAGUAUGUAUUUCUCCUCUACAGAAUACUCAGCGACCGUUGACACUCGGAUCCUCAACAUUGAAAGGGAUGGAGGAGUCCUCUACUCCUGGAAAGUAAGUGGACACUGGGCAAGGGGCAUUCACAUAGCAUUGUAAUGGACAGGUUAAGCGUGACGUUCCACACAUACAUGGGGGGAAAAAAGGAUUUAGUCAGCACCAAUUGUGCAAGUUCCUCCCACUUAAAAAGAAUAGAAGCGGCCUGUAAUUUUCAUCAUAGGUUAGCACGUCAACUAUGACAGACAAAUUGAGAUUUUUUUUCUCACAGAAAAAUCACAAUUGUAAGGAUUUUUAAAAUGAAGUUUAUUUGCAAAUUAGGUGGAAAAAUAAGUAUAUUUGGGUCCACCUAAGACACACACACACAGUCAUUAUGAGCCGUAAUGGCUUUCCUUCUCCCUCCUCUCUUCUCUCAGGGUGACAGGGACCACCAGGAUCGGGAAAUACGACCCCAAUACCAGACAGAAUAAGGUAGAGCUUCCUCUCUGUGUGUGUGUGACUGUGUGUGUGACUGUGUGUGAGACAAAAAGAGUGAGUGAGUAUGUAUGUACUGUAUAUGCCAGCACAUAGUCCUAAUGGAAUGUGGGGUUACUUCUGGUACACUCACUGAUCGCCACCAGCUGUUUGUAGUGUUCAUCAUGGGCCCUAACCCCUAACCCUCCCCCCCCAACCCCUAACCUCUCUCCCCUCUCCCCUCUCCCCUCACCCCUAACCCCUUCCUAACCCUAACCCCUCCCCAACCCCUCUCCCCCAAACCCCCUUAAACCCAACCCCUCUCCCCUAACCCCUCUCCCCUAACCCCUAACCCCUCGCCCCGAACCCUCUCCCCUCUCCCCAACCCCAACCUCUCCCCCCCCCCACCCCACAGAACCACACCUGGGGGGACCUAGUGAAUGACCUGCCAGAGAGCUGGGACCAAAGUAACAAAGCCUACCAUCAGUAACACACUACGCCGCCAGGGACUCAAAUCCUGCAGUGCAAGACGUGUCCCCCUGCUUAAGCCAGUACAUGUCCAGGCCCGUCUGAAGUUUGCUAGAGUGCAUUUGGAUGAUCCAGAAGAGGAUUGGGAGAAUGUCAUAUGGUCAGAUGAAACCAAAAUAUAACUUUUUGGUAAAAACUCAACUCGUCGUGUUUUGGAGGACAAAGAAUGCUGAGUUGCAUCCAAAGAACACCAUACCUACUGUGAAGCAUGGGGGUGGAAACAUCAUGCUUUGGGGCUGUUUUUCUGCAAAGGGACCAGGACGACUGAUCCGUGUAAAGGAAAGAAUCAAUGGGGCCAUGUAUCGUGAGAUUUUGAGUGAAAAACUCCUUCCAUCAGCAAGGGCAUUGAAGAUGAAACGUGGCUGGGUCUUUCAGCAUGACAAUGAUCCCAAACACACCGCCCGGGCAACGAAGGAGUGGCUUCGUAAGAAGCAUUUCAAGGUCCUGGAGUGGCCUAGCCAGUCUCCAGAUCUCAACCCCAUAGAAAAUCUUUGGAGGGAGUUGAAAGUCUGUGUUGCCCAGCGACAGCCCCAAAACAUCACUGCUCUAGAGGAGAUCUGCAUGGAGGAAUGGGCCAAAAUAAAUAAUAAUAAUAAUAAUAUGCCAUUUAGCAGACGCUUUUAUCCAAAGCGACUUACAGUCGUGCGUGCAUACAUUUUUGUGUAUGGGUGGUCCCGGGGAUCGAACCCACUACCUUGGCGUUACAAGCGCCGUGCUCUACCAGCUGAGCUACAGAUGACUACCAGAGGACAACCAGCAACAGUGUGUGAAUACCAGCAACAGUGUGUGAAAACCUUGUGAAGACUUACAGAAAACGUUUGACCUGUGUCAUUGCCAACAAAGGGUAUAUAACAAAGUAUUGAGAAACUUUUGUUAUUGACCAAAUACUUAUUUUCCACCAUAAUUUGCUAAUAAAUUCAUUAAAAAUCCUACAAUGUGAUUUUCUGGAUUUUUUUCUUUCUCAUUUUGUCUGUCAUAGUUGACGUGUACCUAUGAUGAAAAUUACAGGCCUCUCUCAUCUUUUUAAAUUGGUGGCUGACUAAAUAUUUUUUUUCCCCACUGUAACCUGCAGUGCGCUCUUUUGGAAGUGGUGGGAAUAUUCUCUCUGUCUAGGUUGCAUCCCAAAUGGCACCCUAAUCCCUAUAGUGCACUACUUUUGACCAGGGCCCAUAGGGAUCUGAUCAAAAGUAGUGCACUAUGUAGGGGAUAGGGUGCCAUUAGGGAUGCAGCCUAGACGGAGAGAAUGUAGAAGCCCAAAGACUCAUGACAGACCACUACAGCUGAAUAAGCUACUGGUUAAGAGGUAUUACGUUUCCUUAUAACAGAGUUGUUCUUAAAGUAUCCUCAGACUGUGAGGGAGUGUUAAGCCCUACAUAGACAGCUGAGAUGUCAUGGUCAUAAGAAUAGGUAAUUACACAGACACACAGACACACACACACACAGACACACAGACACACACAGACACACACAGACACACAGACGACACACAGACACACACAGUACACAACAGACACACACAGACAACACACAACAACAACAACAGACACCACAGACACACACAGCACACAACGACACCACAGACAAACACAGACACAUACCACACACAGACACACACCGACACACACACACACACACACAGACCCACAACACACAGACACACACAGACAACACCAGACACACGACACACACCACACACCAGACACACACACACAGUCAUUAUAGCCUAAUGGCUUUCCUCUUCCCCCUCUCUUCUCUCAGGGGCGACAGGACCACCAGAUCGGGAAUACGACCCCAUACCAGACAAAUAAGGUAGAGCUUCCUCUCUGUGUGUGUGUAAACUGUGUGUGUGAACUGUCGUGAGACAAAAAAGUGAGUGAUAGUAUUACUUAUUGCCAGCACAUAGUCCUAAUGGAAUAUGGGGUUACUUCUGGUACACUCACUGAUCGCCACCAGCUGUUUGUAGUGUUCAUCAUGGGCCCUAACCCCUCGCCCCUAACCCCCCCCCCCUAACCCCCUAACCUCUCUCUCCUCUCCCCUAACACCCCUAACCCUCUAACCCCUAACCCCUCUCCCCUAACCCCUACCCCCUCUCCCCUCUCCCCUAACCCCUCUCCCCCUAACCCCUAACCCCUAACCCCUCUCCCCCUCCCCUCUCCCCCUCUCCCCUCCCCCUCUACCCUAACCCCUCUCCCCUAACCCCUAACCCCUCUCCCCUAUACCCUAACCCCUCUCCCCUCUCUUCACAGCUCCUCUACACUUUUGACAAGCAGGUGUGUGUCAGCAGCUGUUCUCUGAAUAAGGAGGAGACUCUGCUGGGUAAGGACCUGUUCACAGACAUAGAAAUAUAAUGCAUAGAACAUAGAGAUACAUUAAUUGUUGUAUUGAAUUCUAUGGUGUAGAACAGAUACAUCUCUAGAAUCCAUGGUAUUCUAAUUCUAUGUGACACACAUGCGUAGUACAAAGACACACUGACACUGAAACAAGGAUCCUCACUGAAGUGCUGAGCCAGUGUCUCCUCCCCUAGUGUAUCAGUGUUAGACUAGAUACAGGUUUUCCUAGAUAUAGCCUUCUGGUAUUUCCAGUCCAAGAUUGUGAUCGCCCCAUGGGAGUAUCUUAUCAGCACAGGAGAGGAACAAUGUCUUGUGACUGAGCCAACACACAAGGGCCGUUGUAUUGAACUCACGUCACCGAACCACAUCAACUCACAUACUUGUCUUUUAAUCUCAUUUUUAGCGGUCAGUUUGGCACAGUGGACAAGGACAGAGGAGCGCCUCAGACCAGGUACCUUGUCACCCCCCCCCCAACACACACACACACACACACACACCACACACACACACACACACACACACACACUUCCCAUCGCUGAUACAAACAAACAAACAAAAACAGAAGCUGAAGAUUAGAGAAAUGCAGAGGGAAGUGGUAAGCUAUAUCCUGCUGAUAACUAGCUCUCUGUUUCACUCUGGUUCUCUAUAGGGAAACAGUUCUCUAUAGGGAAACAGUUCUCUAUAGGGAAACAGUUCUCUAUAGGGAAACAGUUCUCUAGGGAAACAGUUCUCUAGGGAAACAGUUCUCUAGGGAAACAGACCCAUGGCUGUAAAAGUCAGUAUGGUAACAUUCAGGAUGUUAUUAGGUAUCUAUCCACACAUGCACCACAGGUUUUUAAGUGUUUUAAGUGUACUCUACACGACAGGUUCAAACUGUACACACCUAUUGGCUGUAGGCUGUACCAUAUAGGUAAACUGUAUGUGUUGGAUUGAGUAACAGUUAUCACAAGGGCAGCACAGGCGGUGAAUACGUUUUAUGCUGUUUCAGGUCAGUGAAGUUAAACAUUACCAUAUUUAACACCUUUCCAUUGUUCUACUCCUAGUUACAAAAUGUCUGACCCUCCUCAUUGAGAUCCAUCCCAUAAACAACACUAAGGUCCUGAAGGCUGUUGACUGCCGGGUCAGAGUUCAGGUAUAGAACUGUAUUGUUUUGUACUGGACUCUAUUGGGUUGUACUCUAUCCAGAACAGCUAUUACAAUAAGCUUCCCCUCGGUUGUUAUUACAUUGUUAUAAUAAAUAACAAUAUGCUAUAACAUGGUUAUACUACAAAUCAUGUUAACCAGUCAUCUUUGGUUUCAUACAGUUCAUCCAUCCAGACACAGAGAGGGACUCAGUGCUGGAGAGUCACCUGCUGCUGGUAGCAGAAGAUGGCUGUGAGUAUCUGGGAAGUGAAGUGGUGUCAAAGAUUUGUUAAAAAUAUUUUUUUACAGCUUUUAACUAUGAUAGAAUAAAGACAUUAGCUGACACAGUUUUCUGUUUUUGGGAGAGUUUGGCCACUGGACCUUCAGGGUUUAGGCUUUGAACUUUGACCUUUGACCUUUCAGAUGUAGAGCAGCUCCAUGUGAUGCUGGUCAGACAGGAGGGUUACAGAGUGGUAAGAUACACUGCCACAGACUGUAGAGAGCUGGAAUGGAAUGCAACUGUUCCGUAGUGACAUCAUUUCCUGUUGACUGGUGUUCCAACAGGUGAUGUUGAACCCAGAGUGCCUGGCCAAAGACAGGGUGGCAGAGGAGUUCAGCUGGGUCCAGUGGGACAGCCAGACACAGAGACUCUUCUACCUCACAUACAGGGUAACAUACCAUAUAUAGGGAACACACUGUAGGCCCUGAUCUGGGCAACAACACCUUAAACUAACAUGUUCAGUUUCUUUUGAAUUGUGAAGAAUUAUGCAGACAUUCCAACUGAUAACGCAAUAAUGACAUCCCUUCUUUGUCUGUCAGGAAAAAGCUGUGCUGAAAUGUGUGCAAUUCUACCAUGACCACAACUGUGAGACCUUGGUAGGACUAGCAGCAUAAAUCAUUUAAUAAUGAACGCUUUAUAGGUAGUGUUUGAUUUCGGGUCAGGCUACUUAAUACUUCCUCCUCUUUCCGACAGUUUGAGCUUGCACUGGAGUUGCCCUUUAACCCUUUCACCUGUAUGAGGUAAGAAUUCAAAGUCAAAAUAAAUUAAAUACGAUUAAAAACGGUGUGUUUCCCGAAAACAGUUCAAAAUUAUUUGUGGAUUUCUAGUCAUGCUGUAUCGAUAACUCCUUGUGUGUUUGACCCCUAGGUUUGUUAACCUGGGCUUUGACCAUCACCAAGAGACACAGCAUGAACGAGAGGAGAUGAGGAUGGUGGUGAUCACCAAUAAAAUAGGCACGUUUUGGUUGAACAUUAAAUGAUUCACCUCCAUACUGUACUGUAUUGAUAUUAUAAUGUUCUAUGCUCGGAGAACAUUCCUCUUUAAUUGAGUUUGUCAUUACUUUUUAUUUGUUUGACAUGGGACGUGAAUGGAAACAGAGGGUAAGUGCUGUAGCUAUUGUGAUAUAGAUGAACUGUGUCACUCUUUGAUCAAUGGACAGUUCAGUCCACCACCAGCACAAUCACACUCUCACUUCACAGAGCCCAGAUAUAUAUAUAUAACUUCUCUAUUAUCAAGAUUGCAUUAGUCAAGCUGCACAAUUGGAAAUGCUGCAGGCAAUAAUUUGUGUUUCUUUGAAAGGCCUAUCAAAUCAAAAGAUGGUUGACGACGGCCCAGGGCCGGGAACAUAAUAACUUAAUUGUGCUACUUAUUCCAAAUUACAUUCAAGAUUCAACCAAUAAAACACUGUUGUUUUUAAUAAAAACCCAAUCAAUACCACAUUGUUAAAAUGUUCUUCUUCUUCGUCGUAUUAUUAUGUGCAAACCAAUCUGUUGUUAGAGUGUAAUUGGUUGUUUUAAUACGUGAUCCUUACUGAUGAUUGCAGGGAGUAUGUGUGUGUGUUACAUCCAGCCUGCUGGGGCCAACCAGGAGAUCACAUACACCAUAGUCCUGGUGCACAGAGGUACAUCUUACCAUAUUGCAUUAGUUCCAUACAAUAUUCACAAAUGACAAAUGAAGUUCCGUCAGUUUCAAGUUGUAAAUUGUAAUCUACCAGAGCCUCUCUCCCCUCUACAGGAUGCAGUAAAACGUUCUCAGUGGCGCUGGAUGACACCCCUAUUCCAUGGACCACAGAGCUCCUCCCUCUAUUCAUCCCUAUUGGUCAGUCAACACAUCUGUCACACACAGCCACCCAUCCUAUCAGUACCUACUGGAACACUCCCACACAGCCCAUCCAUCCUAUCAGUACCUGCUGGAACACUCCCACACAGCCCAUCCAUCCUAUCAGUACCUACUGGAACACUCCCACACAGCCCAUCCAUCCUAUCAGUACCUGCUGGAACACUCCCACACAGCCCAUCCAUCCUAUCAGUACCUGCUGGAACACUCCCACACAGCCCAUCCAUCCUAUCAGUACCUGCUGGAACACUCCCACACAGCCCAUCCAUCCUAUCAGUACCUGCUGGAACACUCCCACACAGCCCAUCCAUCCUAUCAGUACCUGCUGGAACACUCCCACACAGCCCAUCCAUCCUAUCAGUACCUGCUGGAACACUCCCACACAGCCCAUCCAUCCUAUCAGUACCUGCUGGAACACUCCCACACAGCCCAUCCAUCCUAUCAGUACCUGCUGGAACACUCCCACACAGCCCAUCUAUCCUAUCAGUACCUGCUGGAACACUCCCACACAGCCCACCCAUCCUAUCAGUACCUACUGGAACACUCCCACACAGCCCAUCCAUCCUAUCACAACCCCUGAUAGUGCUACUUGUACUUGGACUGAGGAAGUGGUUUUAGGAGUUAUUUGUGAUAAAAUGUUUAUUAUUAUUGUAUAGUAGACAUUUACAUAAGAGAACAAACAAAUAAACCAACAAAAAACCAGUCCAAGAUGGCUGAUGAAAACAAACCGUUGACUAGCCUGCUGUUCUCUCCCCAGGUUACUACGUGGUGGUCUACCUGGCUGGUCACUUCCUGCACUGUAUCAACACCAGACAACAGGAGCUGCUCUGCCACAGUCUCUUCCUCUCAGGUAAGGCUAGACCUGGGGCAUGUUCAUUAGGACACACCGUAGCCAAAUGUUUUGCAAUGGAAAAGGACAUUUAGUUUUUGUUCUGGUUGAGAUACCUCUGCGUUUCACUCCAUUACGUGUCUAUGAACACGACCCUGGUCACCAACAGAAGUGACUAUAUGAGGAAUAGGGAGGCAAGUGUGUUUUUGUUCAACUGGCUUCAGUGUAAUUGUGUUACAGGUGUUGGUGAUGGCUUCAGUGGAAUUGUGUUACAGGUGUUGGUGAUGACUUCAGUGUAAUUGUCUUACAGGUGUUGGUGAUGACUUCAGUGUAAUUGUCUUACAGGUGUUGGUGAUGACUUCAGUGUAAUUGUGUUACAGGUGUUGGUGAUGGCUUCAGUGGAAUUGUGUUACAGGUGUUGGUGAUGACUUCAGUGUAAUUGUCUUACAGGUGUUGGUGAUGACUUCAGUGUAAUUGUGUUACAGGUGUUGGUGAUGACUUCAGUGUAAUUGUGUUACAGGUGUUGGUGAUGACUUCAGUGUAAUUGUGUUACAGGUGUUGGUGAUGACUUCAGUGUAAUUGUGUUACAGGUGUUGGUGAUGACUUCAGUGUAAUUGUCUUACAGGUGUUGGUGAUGACUUCAGUGUAAUUGUCUUACAGGUGUUGGUGAUGUCUUCAGUGCAAUUGUGUUACAGGUGUUGGUGAUGACUUCAGUGUAAUUGUUUUACAGGUGUUGAUGCAGAGCUGGGUGUGUUGGGAUCAGACAGUGUGGUGUUGUCUCUACCUGAGUCCUCUCUGCUGGACCUGAACACAGGCAUGAUGUACACUGCAGACCUCAACCCCUCCUUUCUACUGGACCUACUGCACUGCAGGUAGAAUGGAAUAGAAUGGAAAAUAGUGGAAUAGAAUGGAAUAUAAUAGAAUAGAGUGGAAUGGAAUGGAAUAGAAUGGAAUAUAAUAGAAUGGAAUAGAAUAGAGUGGAAUGGAAUGGAAUAGAAUGGAAUGUAUUAGAAUGGAAUAUAAUGGAAUGGAAUAGAAUAGAGUGGAAUGGAAUGGAAUAGAAUGGAAUGUAUUAGAAUGGAAUAUAAUGGAAUGGAAUAGAAUAUAAUAGAAUACAAUGAAAUGGAAUAGAAUGAAAUGGAAUAGAAUGAAAUGGAAUAGAAUGAAAUGGAAUAGAAUGGAAUGGAAUAUAAAUGAAUAAAAUAGAAUAGAAUAUAGCUUAAUUAUCCAUUGUUCAGUAGGAAAUGGUCUUGAGUGUUGGAGUGUGUGUCAUGCUUACUGCACUGCAUGUAGAAAGUACUGGAGCAUUGGAUAUUAUUGUGAUGCUACACUUCCCACUCUGUUAAUGUAGUAUUCAUGAUGUCUUUGCUGUAUGCUUUGUGCUGUAGCCACAGUAGACCUGACGCCCAACGCCUGGCUGCACUGCACUGUCUGCAGCUCUACAUGGGGCCCAACGCUACACUACAACUGAAGGUAGGCGAUGCAAGCAAAACCCCUGAGAACACUUUGUUCAGAGAGAGAGAGAGAGAGAGCAAGAGAGACACAGAGCGUGUGAGAUAGAGAGAGAUGUUUUGGAGGGAAAAGUUCAGUGCUGACCGUGAGUCAGGUUGUUUAUAAUAGAGAAAGUGCUGCACUUGAAAUUCCCAUCUGCAGUACUUGUUCUAAAUGGAGUCUCUGUGGCCAUGCCAACUCACUAACACAGUUAGAGAGGUAGAACGUCUUAGAGGUCAAUGAGGACGUGGGUGGUGUGGUUUUAUGAAUUCUGUUGCUUUAUACAUGGGUGGUAACACUGGAAUUACUACAGUAACAAUACUUUAUCAAGAUGUUGUUACUUAGCAUAGCACUUUUGUUACUUUAUGUGUUUUCUCUGCAGAUCAUAGAUUGGAUCUGUGACAAUGUGAUGCCGUUCGACACCUUCGAUCAAAUUCAGGAGUUUAUUCUGGGUAAGUGGAACAAGACUUAUCAUCAUUAUCAAAUCUAUUUUAGCGGUAUUUAAUGGAAGAAUCAUCGUCUCUCUUCAACGACAGCGUCACUGUACAGGAUCAUCUAUAAGAAGUCUCUUAGUCUGGAUGAAGUUCUACCCUACUCCUCUGUGUUUGAGAAGAAGAAGGUACCUGAGAAUCUAGACCAGGUCCCUGGUGUCACCUGCACCACAGAGCUCCAUGCUGAACCAGUGUUCAAAGGAAAGGUACGAUAUCUUUCACACACGCACAUACUGUAGCUAUUCAGCUAGCUGAUCAGUCUACUAUUUAGUGAUUUAUUUCACGGUUAGACACUAGAGGGCAGACAGGAGUGGGAAGCAGAUCCAAUGCUCUGUAACAGAUAAAGAAUGCAUAUCUAAUUAAUUAAAUGUGCAAGAAGAGUUGUGGUGAAAGAAGGGACGUAAUAAUAUGAUUUAGACUGGGCUAUUUACAAUGAAAUACCCCAUUGAUUAUUCUGUAGAUGGAGGCCUUCUUUAAUUAAAGGCAAAACAUGAACAAUUCGUUACAAUCAAGUGCAUUUUAUUUAAUGUUAUGCAGUAUGAACCCCAUGCGAUAAAUCAUUUUGUUUCCAAGGAGGUCUCAAGAUGACCUCAACAGAUGGACGUAUUUUACAUCAACAGUAAAAGUAGUAAACGUCUGGUGUUUACUAGAUGUUUGGUAAUGUUUCGCUGCAGGCCAGAAGUCUCCAGGGCUAUUGGGAAGAGCUACAGUGGAGCACAGAGAAGAUGAAGUACUUUGAGGCGGUUCCAAACCCACGAUACAGAACAUCUCAGAUUCUUCCAGAAUGGACCAAGCUGCUCGCUACCCUGGUGAGUUCACACAGAGAGACUGGAAUAUAGAGGAUCUCUGGGAGCUCAGUGCACCACAGGAACCAUGGUCUCUCGCUCUGAUCCCAAGCUUUAUACUGCAGCUAGCAGUAGCACAGUAUGAAAACAUUCAUCAUUUACAAUUCCUGACAUAUUCUCAUAUAGAACCACUUCAACAUUGGGCGGCAGGUAGCCUAGCAGUUAAGAGUGUUGGGUCAGUAACCGAAAGGUCGCUGGCUCGAAUCCCUGAGCCGACUACGUGAAAAAUCUGUCUAUGUGCACUUAACCCUAAUUGCUCCUGGAUGUCGCUCUGGAUAAGAGCGUCUGUUAAGUCAGUGAUUCCCAACCAGUUGUACUAGGACCCCUGAGGGUACUUGGACUAUACACGGGGUACUUGAGAAGACUCAUGAGACCAUAGGCCUACUGGUAAAAGGCACAUAAGGGGGUACUUCAGGGGUACUCCGGGCAGAGCAACAUUCAGCUGAUGGUACAGUAAGAAAAAAAGUUGGGAACCAGUGAGCUAAAUGACUAACAUGGACGUGUCAAAUGUAGUACAGUAUACCUUCAUAAGAGGAAGUUAGAGAACACGUUGCUCCCUCUGUCUGUUCCAGAAGUCGGAGAAGAAGAAGUCUUCUAACUAUCUGCGUCACAUUGAGGAGAACACCAGGAAGUAGGUGGAGUACAGAAGACAGAAUGGGCUCUUGUGUGUUGCAGAAUGUUGUGCGUGUUGGAGGAAGCGUGUUGGUGGGGUACUGGGGAAAACUAGACUCCUGAAAGCACACAGAGACAAACUCACAGGGAUCAAUAACACUGAUGGAUAUUAACACAGGGAUCAAUAACACUGAUAGAUAUUAACACAGGGAUCAAUAACACUGAUAGAUAUUAACACACAGGGAUCAAUAACACUGAUGGAUAUUAACACAGGGAUCAAUAACACUGAUGGAUAUUAACACAGGGAUCAAUAACACUGAUAGAUAUUAACACACAGGGAUCAAUAACACUGAUGGAUAUUAACACAGGGAUCAAUAACACUGAUGGAUAUUAAUACAGGGAUCAAUAACACUGAUGGAUAUUAACACAGGGAUCAAUAACACUGAUGAUAUUAACAGGGAUCAAUAACACUGAUGGAUAUUAACACAGGGAUCAAUAACACUGAUAGAUAUUAACACACAGGGAUCAAUAACACUGAUAGAUAUUAACACAGGGAUCAAUAACACUGAUAGAUAUUAACACAGGGAUCAAUAACACUGAUAGAUAUUAACACUCAAACACUGUAGCAACACGAACAACAGACAUGUACUAUAGAUAUACUGUAUACAUACAUACAUACAGACACAGUUUCCACUUACAAGUCAAGUUAGACAUUCUCUGAUAUUUCCUCUGUUAUUUUCAGAGUUCUGUCGAUGGUGGACAGCUGGAAUCUAGGUAAGAUGUCACAACAUUCUAAAAGCCACUAUCAAUUAAUGUUAGUAGAAGGAAUGUAAAACCUGGUCUCUCUAGGAAUGUAAGAAACCUUGUCUCUAGGAAUGUAAGACACCUGGUCUCUCUAGGAAUGUAAGACACCUGGUCUCUAGGAAUGUAAGACACCUGGUCUCUAGGAAUGUAAGACACCUGGUCUCUCUAGGAAUGUAAGACACCUGGUCUCUAGGAAUGUAAGACACCUGGUCUCUAGGAAUGUAAGACACCUGGUCUCUCUAGGAAUGUAAGACACCUGGUCUCUAGGAAUGUAAGACACCUGGUCUCUAGGAAUGUAAGACACCUGGUCUCUCUAGGAAUGUAAGACACCUGGUCUCUCUAGGAAUGUAAGACACCUGGUCUCUAGGAAUGUAAGACACCUGGUCUCUAGGAAUGUAAGACACCUUGUCUCUCUAGGAAUGUAAGACACCUGCUCUCUCUAGGAAUGUAAGACACCUGCUCUCUCUAGGAAUGUAAGACACCUUGUCUCUCUAGGAAUGUAAGACACCUUGUCUCUCUAGGAAUGUAAGACACCUUGUCUCUCUAGGAAUGUAAGACACCUUGUCUCUCUAGGAAUGUAAGACACCUGGUCUCUCUAGGAAUGUAAGACACCUUGUCUCUCUAGGAAUGUAAGACACCUGGUCUCUAGGAAUGUAAGACACCUGGUCUCUCUAUGAAUGUAAGACACCUGGUCUCUAGGAAUGUAAGACACCUUGUCUCUCUUGGUAUUGGCCCUUUGGCUAUGAAGCUAUUAUUAUGAUUAUUAUUCCUAGAAUAACACUGGGAUAUUAAGGCGCUGGCAGGUCAUUUAACAUGAGCUCAUUUACCCUUGACUACAGUUAAAGAAAUCCCCCAACUUGAGUUUCAGGGUCACAUACUUGAGUCCACUGGAGAACAUUGCUCCCGGACCCCACAGUUGUUGACGAUUUAUCACUAUCAUUCAGGGAGAGAGAGAGAGGGAGAAAAUAGGGGAAGAAUGCCACAUGGUUAUAUAAGAAUGGGAGGAGAAGGGCCUCUCUCUCGCUUGCUUUCUUUCUUUCUCCCUCUCUCUUUUUCUCCUCUCCUUCACUGCUUCCUGACCCCAGUGCAACUGUGGUAGCUCAACCACGUGAUUGGCCAAUGCUCUACCUCAACUAUCUCACAUGGGCCAUGCACGGACAAAACACACCCUCACUCUAUGUCAUACACACUGCUCUCAGUCUCUCUCUCUCUCUCUCUCUCUCCUCUCUCUCUCUCUCUUCUCUCUCUCUCUCUCUCUUUCUCUCUCUACCUCUCUCUCUCUCUCUUUCUCUCUCUCUCUCUCUCUGUCUGUCUCUCACCCGUACAUACUGAUCAACAUUCAUCUCCACACCAAUAUCCUGACUCUCAGAAUCGACCCUCUGCAGCACAGUUGACUCAUUUUACUCUCUUUAUCAAUUGUCCCCCUUCAUCUUCUCAUGGAGAUGUCCCUCUGUAAUGAAAAGACCACGGAGAUGUCCCUCUGUAAUGAAAAGACCACGGAGAUGUCCCUCUGUAAUGAAAAGACAACAGAAGUCCCUCUGUAAUGAAAAGACCACGGAGAUGUCCCUCUGUAAUGAAAAGACCACGGAGAUGUCCCUCUGUAAUGAAAAGACAACAGAAGUCCCUCUGUAAUGAAAAGACCACGGAGAUGUCCCUCUGUAAUGAAAAGACCACGGAGAUGUCCCUCUGUAAUGAAAAGACCACUGAGAUGUCCCUCUGUAAUGAAAAGACCACGGAGAUGUCCCUCUGUAAUGAAAAGGCCACGGAGAUGUCCCUCUGUAAUGAAAAGACCACGGAGAUGUCCCUCUGUAAUGAAAAGACCAUGGAGAUGUCCCUCUGUAAUGAAAAGCUCUUUAUAUGUUAUUAUAGUUCUCUUCAGGUGGUUCCUUUGUUCUGUCUUGACCCUCUCAUCCCUCUUAAAUCAUUAGUCAAUCCUCUUCCUUGUCCUGACUCAUGACUGUUUGUUUUGCCUCAUGUACAACUCUUUGAGAUGUAAUGAAAAGUCUAAAUACACUGUGUUAUGGUUUGCCUCUGCAGAUCAGAAAGUGGUUCUGUUGUUCCAGGAGGAGGACAGCCAGCAGAGGGCGCUCAUAGGCCUGGUGAGUCACAGAGGAUACAGCAGCCAUGAUACUCAGGGUAGAAGGUGCCCUCAAGCACAGACAGAUCUAGGAUCAGCUUACCCUCCCCAAAUCCUAACCUUAACCAUUAGGGGGGAAAUGUUAAACUGAUCAUAGAUCAGUGUCAGCACUGUUUUAGUGCUGAGUGCUGGGAGAAGAAUGCAGGCUUGUCCAGAUUACAGCUCACCAAGACCAAGGUUCAUGAGGGCAGAUCAGGGCAGGCAGUACACACACAACACGCAUGAUAAAAAUAGUUGUCCCUUUUCAGUCCUGACAUUGCAGUCUAUUCCCAGGAGUUUUUAGUGACGUUAGCCUUACAGCAGUAACUAUUUCCAUCCUGAAAUUGCUGUCCCUGAGGUUUAAGUGACGUUAGCGUUUCAGCAGGUUCUAUUAUACCCAUCCCCAGUUCUAAAACACUAGGGUAGUCUACCUGUGGUCCUCAACAUCAACCUAUCCCCAGUUCUAAAACACUAGGGUAGUCUACCUGUGGUCCUCAACAUCAACCUAUCCCCAGUUCUAAAACACUAGGGUAGUCUACCUGAGGUCCUCAACAUCAACCUAUCCCCAGUUCUAAAACACUAGGGUAGUCUACCUGGGUCCUCAACAUCAACCUAUCCCCAGUUCUAAAACACUAGGUAGUCUACCUGUGGUCCUCAACAUCAACCUAUCCCCAGUUCUAAAACACUAGGGUAGUCUACCUGUGGUCCUCAACAUCAACCUAUCCCCAGUUCUAAAACACUAGGGUAGUCUACCUGUGGUCCUCAACAUCAACCUAUCCCCAGUUCUAAAACACUAGGGUAGUCUACCUGUGGUCCUCAACAUCAACCUAUCCCCAGUUCUAAAACACUAGGGUAGUCUACCUGGGUCCUCAACAUCAACCUAUCCCCAGUUCUAAAACACUAGGGUAGUCUACCUGUGGUCCUCAACAUCAACCUAUCCCCAGUUCUAAAACACUAGGGUAGUCUACCUGGGUCCUCAACAUCAACCUAUCCCCAGUUCUAAAACACUAAGGUAGUCUACCUGUGGUCCUCAACAUCAACCUAUCCCCAGUUCUAAAACACUAGGGUAGUCUACCUGUGGUCCUCAACAUCAACCUAUCCCCAGUUCUAAAACACUAGGGUAGUCUACCUGUGGUCCUCUCAACAUCAACCUAUCCCCAGUUCUAAAACACUAGGGUAGUCUACCUGAGGUCCUCAACAUCAACCUAUCCCCAGUUCUAAAACACUAGGGUAGUCUACCUGUGGUCCUCAACAUCAACCUAUCCCCAGUUCUAAAACACUAGGGUAGUCUACCUGAGGUCCUCAACAUCAACCUAUCCCCAGUUCUAAAACACUAGGGUAGUCUACCUGAGGUCCUCAACAUCAACCUAUCCCCAGUUCUAAAACACUAGGGUAGUCUACCUGAGGUCCUCAACAUCAACCUAUCCCCAGUUCUAAAACACUAGGAUAGUCUACCUGUGGUCCUCAACAUCAACCUAUCCCCAGUUCUAAAACACUAGGGUAGUCUACCUGAGGUCCUCAACAUCAACCUAUCCCCAGUUCUAAAACACUAGGGUAGUCUACCUGUGGUCCUCUCAACAUCAACCUAUCCCCAGUUCUAAAACACUAGGGUAGUCUACCUGUGGUCCUCAACAUCAACCUAUCCCCAGUUCUAAAACACUAGGGUAGUCUACCUGUGGUCCUCAACAUCAACCAGCAGGGUAACUAUUCUUAGACCGGUCAGCUCUGCUCCCAGCAGGCUAUUCCCUCUGCAGGUCAGAUAGCUCUCUCCUGCUCCAGGAGUGUGUGUGUGUGUGUGUGUGUACCUGUAGUGUGUGUGUGUGUGUGUGUACCUGUAGUGUGUGUGUGUGUGUGUGUGUACCUGUAGUGUGUGUGUGUGUGUGCACCUGUAGUGUUGGUGUGUGUGUGUGUGUGUGUGUGUGUACCUGUAGUGUGUGUGUGUGUGUGUGCCUAACUGAAGUGUGUGCUCCACUCUCCUUCCUGUUAAUAAGAAUGUAGGACACUGUUAGGGGAACAGGGGAACAGGGGAGCAGAGUAGCAGGGGAACAGGGGAACAGGGGAACAGAGGAACAGAGGAACAGGGGAACAAGGGAACAGGGGAACAAGGGAACAGGGGGAACAUUGGAACAAGGGAACAGGGGAACAAGGGAACAGAGGAACAGGGAACAGGGGAACAAGGGAACAGGGGAACAUCAAGGGAACCUAGUUGGACCCCUGCUUUAUGAUGACGUAUACAUACAUAAGUACACACACACACACACACACACACACACACAACAGACAGACACACACACAGACAGACAGACAGACAGACAGACAGACAGACAGACAGACCACACACACACACACAGACAGAAACCUCCAAUCUGAAGUGUUGUGUUUCCAAUAGAUGGUGGACAAGCUGAGAGAGCACCUCAACAGACACUUGCCUCGUCUGGGGAAGAAGAAGAUCGAUGUGCUGGUGGUGAACUACGUGGCCAAGCUGGUGUGUGUGUGUGUGUAUAUUUGUGUUUGCAUGUUCUUAUUCUACAGUGCAUUACCCAAAGGUUGCUUUCAUUGUUUUUGCAGUUACAGAAACAAAUGGCUGUAUUGACAAGGAAAGGCCUGAGACAGACAGAUUGUAGUUGAGAAAUGAGAAUAACCAUUAUCCUCCAAUACAUUUAUUUCCUCCUGUGGAUGACAGAUCUACUCCCCACUGUUCAUAGCUCAGUCAUGACGUCAGAGAGGCUCUGUACGGUACAUCGUACAUAGAUAUCACUGACUGAAGAACACCGUCCUAGAGUUUAACCUUAGGUGGAAAUAAUGCACUAGAUAUCAGGAAGAGACAAGCCUUUUCCAUAAAGUGUGUGUGAGUGUGAGGUUGUGUGUUUUGGUGUGCGUGCGUGUGUGUGUGAGGAUAUGAGAGUGUUUCUUCCUGUUAUUGCAGUAAAAGAGAGAAGAAGAGGAUGUGAGGAGUCAUGCUUGGUCAGCCACUGUGUGUGUGUGUGUGGGGAUGUAAUGGGUGUGAAAGUGGCAGUGUAAAAAUAAAUCCUAGUAACCCUUGUUUCUCUUGCUAUGCGUUGCCAUGGACUACUAUUCAUUUGUUGCUCAAUAGAGAACAGGAACUGCUACAGUAUGUGAAACUGUAGAAAUAGGAAGUGAAUGUGAAACGUUUUAAUAGUGGUCUUGUCAUGUAACAUUUGAGUAAAUCAGAUGUUUAAAUUCUCAGAGCAUUCAUCCCUGACCUCUUUUCUCUGUGUGUGUGUGUGUGUGUGUGUGUGUUUGUGCAUGUCUGGUGUGUGUGUGUGUGUGUGUGUGUGUGUGUGUGUGUAGCUGGAGCUGAUCAGACACAUGCUGGAGUCUGUAUGGCUGAAGUACAAACUGGGCCCUCUGGUGCUGUGCUUGUAAGUUGCUCCCUGAUACAGUACAUGCUGUGGGUGUGUGGGUGUUAGUGUGUGUUACUGUGUGUUAGUGUGUGUGUGUGUGUGUUACUGUGUGUGUGUCUUAGUGUGUGUGUGUUAGUGUAUGUCCACGUGUAUAACUACCAUCCCUCAUCAGCCAGUGCCUUCGGAAAGUAUUCAGACCACUUGACUUUUCCCACAUUGGUAGGUUACAACCUUAUUCUAAAAUUGAUUAAACAGUUUUCCCCCCUCAUCCAUCUACACACAAUACCCCAUAAUAACAAAGCAAAAACAGGAUUUUAGAAUUUUUUGCUAAUUUAUAAAAAAUAAAAAACUGAUAUCACAUGUAUAUAAGUAUUCAGACCCUUUACUCAGUACUUUGUUGAAGCACCUUUGGCAGCGAUUACAGCCUCAAGUCUUCUUGGGUAUGAUGCUACAAGCUUGGCACACAUGUAUUUGGGAGUUUCUCCCAUUCUUCUCUGCAGAUCCUCUCAAGCUCUGUCAGGUUGGAUGGGGAGCGUUGCUGCACAGCUAUUUUCAGGUCUCUCCAGAGAUGUUCGAUCGGGUUCAAGUCCGGGCUCUGGCUGGGCCACUCAAGGACAUUCAGAGACUUGUCCCAAAGCCACUCCUGUGUUGUCUUGGCUGUGUGCUUAGGGUCGUCGUCCUGUUGGAAGGUGAACCUUCACCCCAGUCUGAGGUCCUGACAGCUCUGGAGAAGGUUUUCAUCAAGGAUCUCUCUGUACUUUGCUCCGUUCAUCUUGGCCUCGAUCCUGACUAGUCUCCCAGUCCCUGCAGCUGAAAACCAUCCCCACAGCAUGAUGCUGCCACCACCAUGCUUCAACGUAGGGAUGGUGCCAGGUUUCCUCCAGAAUUGACGCUUGGCAUUCAGGCCAAAGAGUUCAAUCUUGGUUUCAUCAGACCAGAGAAUCUUGUUUCUCAUGGUCUGAGAGUCCUUUAGGUGCAUUUUGGCAAACUCCAAGCGGGCUGUCGUGUGCCUUUUACUGAGGAGUGGCUUCCGUCUGGCCACUCUACCAUAAAAGGCCUGAUUGGUGGCGUGCUACAGAGAUGGUUGUCCUUCUGGAAGGUUCUCGCAUCUCCACAGAGGAACUCUAGAGCUCUGUCAGAGUGACCAUCGGGUUCUUGGUCACCUCCAUGAACAAGGCCCUUCUCCCCCGAUUGCUCAGUUUGGCCGGGCGGUGUUCUUGGGGACCUUCAAUGCUGCAGACAUUUUUUGGUACCCUUCCCCAGAUCUGUGCCUCGACAUUUUUGCUCUGACAUGCACUGUCAACUGUGGGACCUUAUAUAGAUAGGUGUGUGCCUUUCCAAAUCAUGUCCAAUCAAUUGAAUUUACCACAGGUGGACUCCAAUCAAGUUGUAGAAACAUCUCAAGGAUGAUCAAUGGAAACAGGAUGCACCUGAGCUCAAUUUCGAGUCUCAUAGCAAAGGGUCUGUAUAGUUAUGUAAAUAAGGUAUUUCUGUUUUUUAUUUUUUAUAAAUUAGCAAAAAUUCUAAAAACCUGUUUUGACUUUGUCAUUAUGGGGUAUUGUGUAUUGCUGAGGAUUAUUAUUUUUUAAAUCAAUUUUAGAAUAAGGCUGUAACGUAACAAAAUGUGGAAAAAGUCAAGGGGUCUGAAUACUUUCCGAAGGCACUGUACGUUAAGUUCCUCCCUUAUACAUGCUGACAGUGUGGGGGUGUCCCCAUGUGUAUAAAACUAACUAACUAACUAACAGUGAUUAAAAUGGAUUUAUAAGGGGCUCCCUCAGAUGUGUUGACAGUGUGUGGCUUUCUGUCUGUGUGUGUGUGUGUGUCUACAGUGUGUAUGUAAGUCCUGUUCCAUUGAUGUUAACUAUCCAAUCUGCUCUAGAAAGCAGCAGGGCAGUUCAGCAGAGUGGGCCGUGUUUCACCUGAUGUGUCGGAUACUGGAGGCUACAAAGACUCUGUGUCUCCCCCUCCCUCCUGGUAAGAAGAACCCUGUUGAACCUUCUCAAAAUAACAGUGAUUAUUCAUGUAUUGUACCUUGCUCAACCUUCUCGAAAUAACCAAGGUGUUAAACUUAGUUUAACCUCCCUGUCCAGUCUCUCAAAAUAACAAAGCACUUCAAACAGAGCUUAUAGAGCUCUACAAUAUUAAAUAAACAGAGCUUAUAGAGAUCGCUCUACAAUAUUAAAUAAACAGAGCUUAUAGUGAGCUCUACAAUAUUAAAUAAACAGAGCUUAUAGAGAGCUCUACAUAUAAAUAAACAGAGCUAUCAGAGUAUAGGCUCUACAAUAUAAAUAAACAGAGCUUAUAGAGAGCUCUACAAUAUUAAAUAAACAGAGCUUAUAGAGAGCUCUACAAUAUAAAAACAAGCUUAUAGAGAGCUCUACAAUAUUAAAUAAACAGAGCUUAUAGAGAGCUUACAUAUUAAUAAAAGAGCUUAUGAGAGCUCUACAAUAUUAAAUAACAGAGCUAGAGAGCCUACAUUUAAUAAAGAGCUUAGGAGCUCUACAAUAUUUAAAAUAAACUAAAAGCUUAUAGAGAGCUCUACAAUAUUAAAUAACAGAGCUUAUAGAGAUUGUGGUGGGGGGGUAAAAAAAAAUUGGGGGGGGGUGUGCAAAUUUUUUUUUUUUUUUUUUCCCUUCUUCUACAGUGCAUUACCCAAAGGUUGCUUUCAUUGUUUUUUGCAGUUACAGAAACAAAUGGCUGUAUUGACAAGGAAAGGCCUGAGACAGACAGAUUGUAGUUGAGAAAUGAGAAUAACCAUUAUCCUCCAAUACAUUUAUUUCCUCCUGUGGAUGACAGAUCUACUCCCCACUGUUCAUAGCUCAGUCAUGACGUCAGAGAGGCUCUGUACGGUACAUCGUACAUAGAUAUCACUGACUGAAGAACACCGUCCUAGAGUUUAACCUUAGGUGGAAAUAAUGCACUAGAUAUCAGGAAGAGACAAGCCUUUUCCAUAAAGUGUGUUGUGAGUGUGAGGUUGUGUGUUUUGGUGUGCGUGCGUGUGUGUGUGAGGAUAUGAGAGUGUUUCUUCCUGUUAUUGCAGUAAAAGAGAGAAGAAGAGGAUGUGAGGAGUCAUGCUUGGUCAGCCACUGUGUGUGUGUGUGUGUGUGUGGGGAUGUAAUGGGUGUGAAAGUGGCAGUGUAAAAAUAAAUCCUAGUAACCCUUGUUUCUCUUGCUAUGCGUUGCCAUGGACUACUAUUCAUUUGUUGCUCAAUAGAGAACAGGAACUGCUACAGUAUGUGAAACUGUAGAAAUAGGAAGUGAAUGUGAAACGUUUUAAUAGUGGUCUUGUCAUGUAACAUUUGAGUAAAUCAGAUGUUUAAAUUCUCAGAGCAUUCAUCCCUGACCUCUUUUCUCUGUGUGUGUGUGUGUGUGUUUGUGCAUGUCUGGUGUGUGUGUGUGUGUGUGUGUGUGUGUGUGUGUGUGUGUGUGUGUAGCUGGAGCUGAUCAGACACAUGCUGGAGUCUGUAUGGCUGAAGUACAAACUGGGCCCUUUGGUGCUGUGCUUGUAAGUUGCUCCCUGAUACAGUACAUGCUGUGGGUGUGUGGGUGUUAGUGUGUGUUACUGUGUGUGUGUGUGUGUGUGUUACUGUGUGUGUGUGUGUGUGUGUUAGUGUGUGUGUGUGUUAGUGUAUGUCCACGUGUAUAACUACCAUCCCUCAUCAGCCAGUGCCUUCGGAAAGUAUUCAGACCACUUGACUUUUCCCACAUUGUUAGGUUACAACCUUAUUCUAAAAUUGAUUAAACCGUUUUUCCCCCCUCAUCCAUCUACACACAAUACCCCAUAAUGACAAAGCAAAAACAGGAUUUUAGAAUUUUUUUGCUAAUUUAUAAAAAAUAAAAAACUGAAAUAUCACAUGUAUAUAAGUAUUCAGACCCUUUACUCAGUACUUUGUUGAAGCACCUUUGGCAGCGAUUACAGCCUCAAGUCUUCUUGGGUAUGAUGCUACAAGCUUGGCACACAUGUAUUUGGGAGUUUCUCCCAUUCUUCUCUGCAGAUCCUCUCAAGCUCUGUCAGGUUGGAUGGGGAGCGUUGCUGCACAGCUAUUUUCAGGUCUCUCCAGAGAUGUUUGAUCGGGUUCAAGUCCGGGCUCUGGCUGGGCCACUCAAGGACAUUCAGAGACUUGUCCCAAAGCCACUCCUGUGUUGUCUUGGCUAUGUGCUUAGGGUCGUUGUCCUGUUGGAAGGUGAACCUUCACCCCAGUCUGAGGUCCUGACAGCUCUGGAGAAGGUUUUCAUCAAGGAUCUCUCUGUACUUUGCUCCGUUCAUCUUGGCCUCGAUCCUGACUAGUCUCCCAGUCCCUGCAGCUGAAAACCAUCCCCACAGCAUGAUGCUGCCACCACCAUGCUUCAACGUAGGGAUGGUGCCAGGUUUCCUCCAGAAUUGACGCUUGGCAUUCAGGCCAAAGAGUUCAAUAUUGGUUUCAUCAGACCAGAGAAUCUUGUUUCUCAUGGUCUGAGAGUCCUUUAGGUGCAUUUUGGCAAACCCCAAGCGGGCUGUCAUGUGCCUUUUACUGAGGAGUGGCUUCCGUCUGGCCACUCUACCAUAAAAGGCCUGAUUGGUGGAGUGCUACAGAGAUGGUUGUCCUUCUGGAAGGUUCUCGCAUCUCCACAGAGGAACUCUAGAGCUCUGUCAGAGUGACCAUCGGGUUCUUGGUCACCUCAAUGACCAAGGCCCUUCUCCCCCGAUUGCUCAGUUUGGCCUGGCGGCCAGCUCUAGGAAGAGUCUUGGUGGUUCCAAACUUCUUCCAUUUAAGAAUGAUGGAGGCCACUGUGUUCUUGGGGACCUUCAAUGCUGCAGACAUUUUUUGGUACCCUUCCCCAGAUCUGUGCCUCGACCUGCCUGUCUCGGAGCUCUACGGACAAUUCCUUUGACCUCAUGGCUUGGUUUUUGCUCUGACAUGCACUGUCAACUGUGGGACCUUAUAUACAGUGGGGGAAAAAGUAUUUAGUCAGCCACCAAUUGUGCAAGUUCUCCCACUUAAAAAGAUGAGAGAGGCCUGUAAUUUUCAUCAUAGGUACACGUCAACUAUGACAGACAAAAUGAGAAAGAAAAUUCCAGAAAAUCACAUUGUAGGAUUUUUUAUGAAUUUAUUUGCAAAUUAUGGUGGAAAAUAAGUAUUUGGUCAAUAACAAAAGUUUCUCAAUACUUUGUUAUAUACCCUUUGUUGGCAAUGACACAGGUCAAACGUUUUCUGUAAGUCUUCACAAGGUUUUCACACACUGUUGCUGGUAUUUUGGCCCAUUCCUCCAUGCAGAUCUCCUCUAGAGCAGUGAUUGUUUUGGGGCUGUCGCUGGGCAACACAGACUUUCAACUCCCUCCAAAGAUUUUCUAUGGGGUUGAGAUCUGGAGACUGGCUAGGCCACUCCAGGACCUUGAAGUGCUUCUUACGAUGCCACUCCUUCGUUGCCCGGGCGGUGUGUUUGGGAUCAUUGUCAUGCUGAAAGACCCAGCCACGUUUCAUCUUCAAUGCCCUUGCUGAUGGAAGGAGGUUUUCACUCAUAAUCUCUCGAUUCAUGGCCCCAUUCAUUCUUUCCUUUACACGGAUCAGUCGUCCUGGUCCCUUUGCAGAAAAACAGCCCCAAAGCAUGAUGUUUCCACCCCCAUGCUUCACAGUAGGUAUGGUGUUCUUUGGAUGCAACUCAGCAUUCUUUGUCCUCCAAACACGACGAGUUGAGUUUUUACCAAAAAGUUAUAUUUUGGUUUCAUCUGACCAUAUGACAUUCUCCCAAUCCUCUUCUGGAUCAUCCAAAUGCACUCUAGCAAACUUCAGACGGGCCUGGACAUGUACUGGCUUAAGCAGGGGGACACGUCUGGCACUGCAGGAUUUGAGUCCCUGGCGGCGUAGUGUGUUACUGAUGGUAGGCUUUGUUACUUUGGUCCCAGCUCUCUGCAGGUCAUUCACUAGGUCCCCCCGUGUGGUUCUGGGAUUUUUGCUCACCGUUCUUGUGAUCAUUUUGACCCCACGGGGUGAGAUCUUGCGUGGAGCCCCAGAUCGAGGGAGAUUAUCAGUGGUCUUGUAUGUCUUCCAUUUCCUAAUAAUUGCUCCCACAGUUGAUUUCUUCAAACCAAGCUGCUUACCUAUUGCAGAUUCAGUCUUCCCAGCCUGGUGCAGGUCUACAAUUUUGUUUCUGGUGUCCUUUGACAGCUCUUUGGUCUUGGCCAUAGUGGAGUUUGGAGUGUGACUGUUUGAGGUUGUGGACAGGUGUCUUUUAUACUGAUAACAAGUUCAAACAGGUGCCAUUAAUACAGGUAACGAGUGGAGGACAGAGGAGCCUCUUAAAGAAGAAGUUACAGGUCUGUGAGAGCCAGAAAUCUUGCUUGUUUGUAGGUGACCAAAUACUUAUUUUCCACCAUAAUUUGCAAAUAAAUUCAUUAAAAAUCCUACAAUGUGAUUUUCUGGAUUUUUUUUUCUCAAUUUGUCUGUCAUAGUUGACGUGUACCUAUGAUGAAAAUUACAGGCCUCUCUCAUCUUUUUUAUAAUAAUAAUAUAAUAAUAUGCCAUUUAGCAGACGCUUUUAUCCAAAGCGACUUACAGUCAUGCGUGCAUAAUUUUUUUUUUGUGUAUGGGUGGUCCCGGGGAUCGAACCCACUACCUUGGCGUUACAAGCGCCGUGCUCUACCAGCUGAGCUACAGAGGACUUGCAGGUAACUUAAGUGGGAGAACUUGCACAAUUGGUGGCUAACUAAAUACUUUUUCCCCCCACUGUAGAUAGGUGUGUGCCUUUCCAAAUCAUGUCCAAUCAAUUGAAUUUACCACAGGUGGACUCCAAUCAAGUUGUAGAAACAUCUCAAGGAUGAUCAAUGGAAACAGGAUGCACCUGAGCUCAAUUUCGAGUCUCAUAGCAAAGGGUCUGUAUAGUUAUGUAAAUAAGGUAUUUCUGUUUUUUAUUUUUUAUAAAUUUGCAAAAAUUCAAAAAACCUGUUUUGACUUUGUCAUUAUGGGGUAUUGUGUAUCGCUGAGGAUUAUUAUUUUUUAAAUCAAUUUUAGAAUAAGGCUGUAACGUAACAAAAUGUGGAAAAAGUCAAGGGGUCUGAAUACUUUCCGAAGGCACUGUACGUUAAGUUCCUCCCUUAUACAUGCUGACAGUGUGGGGGUGUCCCCAUGUGUAGAAAACGAACUAACAGUGAUUAAAAUGGAUUUAUAAGGGGCUCCCUCAUAUGUGUUGACAGUGUGUGGCUUUCUGUGUGUGUGUGUGUGUGUGUGUGUCUACAGUGUGUAUGUAAGUCCUGUUCCAUUGAUGUUAACUAUCCAAUCUGCUCUAGAAAGCAGCAGGGCAGUUCAGCAGAGUGGGCCGUGUUUCACCUGAUGUGUCGGAUACUGGAGGCUACAAAGACUCUGUGUCUCCCCCUCCCUCCUGGUAAGAAGAACCCUGUUGAACCUUCUCAAUAUAACACUGCUUAUUCAUGUAUUGUACCUUGUUCAACCUUCUCGAAAUAACCAAGGUGUUAAACUUAUUUUAACCUCCCUGUCCAGUCUCUCAAAAUAACAAAGCACUUCAACAGAGCUUAUAGAGAGUCUGGCUCUACAAUAUUAAAUAAACAGAGCUUAUAGAGAGCCUGGCUCUACAAUAUUAAAUAAACAGAGCUUAUAGAGAGCUCUACAAUAUUAAAUAAACGGAGCUUAUAGAGUCUGGCUCUACAAUAUUAAAUAAACAGAGCUUAUAGAGAGCUCUACAAUAUUAAAUAAACAGAGCUGAUAGAGAGCUCUACAAUAUUAAAUAAACAGAGCUUAUAGAGAGCUCUACAAUAUUAAAUAAACAGAGCUUAUAGAGAGCCUUCCUCUACAAUAUUAAAUAAACAGAGCUUAUAGAGAGUCUGGCUCUACAAUAUUAAAUAAACAGAGCUUAUAGAGAGUCUGGCUCUACAAUAUUAAAUAAACAGAGCUUAUAGAGAGCUCUACAAUAUUAAAUAAACAGAGCUUAUAGAGAGCUCUACAAUAUUAAAUAAACAGAGCUUAUAGAGAGCUCUACAAUAUUAAAUAAACAGAGCUUAUAGAGAGCUCUACAAUAUUAAAUAAACAGAGCUUAUAGAGUCUGGCUCUACAAUAUUAAAUAAACAGAGCUUAUAGAGAGCUCUACAAUAUUAAAUAAACAGAGCUGAUAGAGAGCUCUACAAUAUUAAAUAAACAGAGCUUAUAGAGAGCUCUACAAUAUUAAAUAAACAGAGCUUAUAGAGAGCCUUCCUCUACAAUAUUAAAUAAACAGAGCUUAUAGAGAGUCUGGCUCUACAAUAUUAAAUAAACAGAGCUUAUAGAGAGUCUGGCUCUACAAUAUUAAAUAAACAGAGCUUAUAGAGAGCUCUACAAUAUUAAAUAAACAGAGCUUAUAGAGAGCUCUACAAUAUUAAAUAAACAGAGCUUAUAGAGAGCUCUACAAUAUAAAUAAAACAGAGAUUAUAGAGAGCUCUACAAUAUUAAAUAAACAGAGCUUAUAGAGAGCUCUACAAUAUUAAAUAAACAGAGCUUAUAGAGAGUCUUGGCUUACAAUAUUAAAUAAACAGAGCUUAUAGAGAGCUCUACAAUAUUAAAUAAACAGAGCUUAUAGAGAGCUCUACAAUAUAAAAUAAACAGAGCUUAUAGAGAGCUCUACAAUAUUAAAUAAACAGAGCUUAUAGAGAGCUCUACAAUAUUAAAUAAACAGAGCUUAUAGAGAGUCUGGCUCUACAAUAUUAAAUAAACAGAGCUUAUAGAGAGCUCUACAAUAUUAAAUAAACAGAGCUUAUAGAGAGCUCUACAAUAUUAAAUAAACAGAGCUUAUAGAGAGCUUUACAAUAUUAAAUAAACAGAGCUUAUAGAGAGUCUGGCUUACAAUAUUAAAUAAACAGAGCUUAUAGAGAGCUCUACAAUAUUAAAUAAACAGAGCUGAUAGAGAGCUCUACAAUAUUAAAUAAACAGAGCUUAUAGAGAGCUCUACAAUAUUAAAUAAACAGAGCUUAUAGAGAGCUCUACAAUAUUAAAUAAACAGAGCUUAUAGAGAGUCUGGCUCUACAAUAUUAAAUAAACAGAGCUUAUAGAGAGCUCUACAAUAUUAAAUAAACAGAGCUUAUAGAGAGCUCUACAAUAUUAAAUAAACAGAGCUUAUAGAGAGCUCUACAAUAUUAAAUAAACAGAGCUUAUAGAGAGCUCUACAAUAUUAAAUAAACAGAGCUUAUAGAGAGCUCUACAAUAUUAAAUAACAGAGCUUAUAGAGAGCUCUACAAUAUUAAAUAAACAGAGCUUAUAGAGAGCUCUACAAUAUAAAAUAAACAGAGCUUAUAGAGAGCUCUACAAUAUUAAAUAAACAGAGCUUAUAGAGAGCUCUACAAUAUUAAAUAAACAGAGCUUAUAGAGAGCUCUACAAUAUUAAAUAAACAGAGUUAUAGAGAGCUCUACAAUAUUAAAUAAACGGAGCUUAUAGAGAGCUCUACAAUAUUAAAUAAACAGAGCUUAUAGAGAGCUCUACAAUAUUAAAUAAACGGAGCUUAUAGAGAGCUCUACAAUAUUAAAUAAACAGAGCUUAUAGAGAGCUCUACAAUAUUAAAUAAACAGAGCUUAUAGAGAGCUCUACAAUAUUAAAUAAACAGAGCUUAUAGAGAGCUCUACAAUAUUAAAUAAACAGAGCUGAUAGAGAGCCUGCCUCUACAAUAUUAAAUAAAUAUUCAAGCAAAUUGCAUCUGACGUUGUGUUGCUGUGUGUUUGCAGGGUACCACACUCUACUGGCAGUGUUGGGGGUUCGCUGUCUCCCCAGACACACCUUCCUGCAGUACGUUGACCAUGGUGUGCUGCAGCUCACUGAGACCUUCGUCGCACGACUCAUGACAGGUACACACACACACACACACAGGGCUAUAGACACACGAUACGUGCAUAUACCCAGUAUAUACACACACACACAAUUUAUCAGAUGGCAUGAUUCAGCUAUUGUGCCAUAAUGUAAUUUGUCAGUAACUGUUAAACCUGUUCUCAUGAAAUUGAGUCAGCGAGCUGGCAAUACAGUUCUGUACUUUUCCACAGUAAGCUGGAACCUCUUAGAUUUCAGUACUGUCUGUUUUACAGACUUACAGUGUAACCAUGUCUGCCCCCUCCAUGCUUAAAUACAGAUGAAUACUGUAACCGUGUCUGCCCCCUCCAUGCUUAAAUACAGAUUAAUACUGUAACCAUGACUGCCUCCUCCAUGCUUAAAUACAGAUUAAUACUGUAACCAUGUCUGCCCCCUCCAUGCUUAAAUACAGAUUAAUACUGUAACUGUGUCUGCCUCCUCAUGCUUAAAUACAGAUUAAUACUGUAACCAUGAAUGCCUCCUCCAUGCUUAAAUACAGAUUAAUACUGUAACUGUGUCUCCUCCUCCAUUCCUAAAUACAGAUUAAUACUGUAACCGUGUCUGCCUCCUCCAUGCUUAAAUACAGAUUAAUACUGUAACCGUGUCUGCCUCCUCCAUGCUUAAAUACAGAUUAAUACUGUAACCGUGUCUGCCUCCUCCAUGCUUAAAUACAGAUUAAUACUGUAACCGUGUCUGCCUCCUCCAUGCUUAAAUACAAUUAAUACUGUAACCGUGUCUGCCUCCUCAUGCUUAACAUACAGAUUCAUACUGUAACCGUGUCUGCUCCUCCAUGCUUAAAUACAGAUUAAUACUGUAACCGUGUCUGCCUCCUCCAUGCUAAAUACAGAUAAUACUGUAACAGGUGUCUGCCCCCCAUGCUUAAAUACAGAUUAAUACUGUAACCGUGUCUGCCUCUCGGUGUCUGCCCCCGCCAUUCCUAAAUACAUAAAGCCCUACUAGGAUAGUGAUGUGCUUUCUACCUAGGCUGUGUCCCAAAUGGCACCCUUUUCCCAAUGUAGGGCACUUCUUUUAACCAGGGUCCAUAGGGUUCUGGUCAAAAGUAGUGCACUAUAUAGAGAAUAGUGUGGCAUUUGAGACACACACCUAGAGGUCAAUCUAAUCUAACAGAGGACACUAACAGCAAUAGCUCAGUCACUAUAUUAAAGAUAGCGCUCUGUUCAUUGAUUUAUCAUGGUCACUGGAACUGUCAAAAAGCCUUUGAGUUAUAGGUCUGGGAGUUUAGUUUGAAGGUGACAUUACAAAGUUAUAGGUCUGGGAGUUUAGUUUGGAGAGAGGGACUGGAGAGAGGGACUGUGUUGUGUAGAUGUUGCACAGUGUUGUGUUUACCAAGACAAUGAUAAUGGAAUGUAAGCACUAGAAGCCCAAGUGCCACUGCAACUCCCACCCACAGUCCUGCUGGGUUUUUAUACCUGUUAGAUACAAGCACAGACUAAACAUGACCAUGUUCCUCAUCCACUGUUUGAAUUGCACCAAUACUUGCAUUCAUAUCUUCAUAUUUUACAAUAACACAAUGUAACACUGUACAAUAUAGUUGUUUCUUUACAAAGACAUUGAAGUGUUAUUGCUAUACCCAAACAGUUUGCUUCACAGAAUCUAAAUGUCUUGAGUUACACUCUUGUAAUACAAAGGUCAACUAAUACAAACCCUCCCAGACAGUCAAGUCAGUACCUGGUAAGAAGAAUAGUGCAACGCCUACAGCCCUAGAUACCAGUUCAUGCUUGGACAGAUUUCCCAAUACUUGCAUUGACAUCUCAAUCUUUUAAGAUAUCACAUUACAAUACAGUCUUGUACUAAGAUGUUACAAUACCCGAACAGUGAGAUGUUAUAGUGUUGUAACAGGAACACUCUCAAACUUUUUGUACCUGGUAACAAUCAGAAUGCAGUACUACAAACAGUCCUAUAAUACUGUUUCAUGCUUGGCCAGUUUCAGUACAGUUUAUAUUACAUCUCUUCCUCAGAGUACAAACAAAACAAUCUCUGAAGAUGAAAGCAAAGUACAAUAAUAUGCCAUUUAGCAGACGCUUUUAUCCAAAGCGACUUAGUCAUGUGUGCAUACAUUUUUACGUAUGGGUGGUCCUGGGGAUUGAACCCAUUACCCUGGCGUUACAAGCGCCGUGCUCUACCAAUUGAGCUACAGAGGACCACAACAACAUUAUUGUUUUCAAUAUUUAGUCUAGACAGAGAUAAGGAAAUCUGAUUUCUGGGGAGUAAGUCGUGCGUAAUCAAGUGGUAAAAUGAAUCUGUGUAAUUGCCCUUAAAGUGUUUUGAAUACCGUAGCAGUCGGAGAUGGUUGGUUUUCACACUCCCAGAAAGUCCUUCUGGGACAAUAGAAACAGUAUUGCUGAAGAUAAAAGGUUUCGAUUAUUUUAAGUAAUUAAAAACUAUCUAUUUUUCCUCUUGUGUAGAUUUAGACAACAGUGAUGCCAAUGAGGAGCUGAAGUUCAGCAUUCUGAAGAGACUACCUGAGGUAAAAGUUGCAUUUCUCUCAAAGGUGGUAAUUGCAUUGUGAUGUUUGUUACUUCCACCUGUCUAAGCAGUGGAAUGUGAAUGUCUUUAGCCAAUCAGAGGAUUCUUGGGCUGUUGUUGCAGCCAAGAGAGGAAGUGAAGCAGCUACAACAGAGAAACAAAGGCUCAUUCCUUCUGCUGUUCAACUCAUAAUCAUAGAGGGGGUUAAGCGUAUUUCCCUUUUUACCUGACCUUGAACUUAAGCAUGAGAAUAGCAUGCUAUUCACCCGCUAUUCGUUUGGGGUGGAGAUCAAAGAAAUGAAGGUGUGUCUACAGAUACGCGGUAUUCUGACCUUGACUUAAUUCCCUCAUAAUUCCACCACCUUUACGCGUGAGGAAACGGUCUCAAGUGGGACAGUGAAAUAGGCUAUAAAUAGCUGUGCCGUUAUUCAGAAUUUUUAUUGUAUACCCCAAUAAAAUGUGCCUAAAUAAUCUAACAGAUCAGAGUAUUUUUAAAUCUACCAUUUGGUGCUGAAACGGAGAUGAAGAUCCAUAUCUGGCUUUCUUUCACUGACCUCUAUUGUCCGAACCCGUUCUCUCUAUGUAUUCUAGUUUGUCAACAAAAUUCUAAUUAAAGGUACACCAUAUUUAAAGGGAUGGCUUAAGCAGGGUGUACACUACACUAUUUUGAUGUCCCAGACAAGUUUUUGAGAUCGGAGACAAAAUCCCCAUGUCGUUGCCUACUCGGUGCGAGCGGCCGUCACCGACGCUUGUUUAAUGUGAGCGGGUCAAGAGACACAAUCUGAGGACUACCGAUGUCAUCUUUGAGCAGUCCCAGACGUCCCGACAUUUUCAAACAUGUUUGAUUUUAUGGGCACAAAAUCUGCAAUGCUCUUAUAGAGUGAGAUGUGCAACGACACGUUUUGAGAACGGUGAUCAGCAAUAGCAAAUGAGAGCUCGCCAGAGAAGAAGCCAGUGAGAUGAUGACGUUUUGCAUAACCCAGGAUGUGUAGACUCUCGAGAAGGAGCGAUGACUACUACCAAAGUAUGCGUUUGUACUUGCCUUUAAAUCAAAGCCAAAGUGUCAAAUCGUUACAGCUCUGAAGCUCACAAGCAAUGUUAUUCCAUUCAAAAUGUUGGCUAGAUAUUUCAACUCUGAAGGGGAAGCGUGAAUGUCUGACUGAAAACGUUUGAGGCUGCUUUGAGCCACAGCUCGUUGUAGCUACGUUAAAUCAAAUCACAUCAUUGUUUUGGCGAGACAGCGUGGUAUUGAGAAUCCUCACGACCAAGGGAAGAAUCUUGUAGUGUGUGACCCCCGUCUGUGUCAGAUCAUUUAGUGUGCGCGCCACUACGUUGGCAAGACAAAAAAAAACAUACAGGAAAGAUGGUCGUUUAAUGUGAGAGGUUUAGCGAGGUUAGGAUUUUGUAGUGUACACCCGGCUUUAAGAUGAAUGUACUGAAAACCCUAUUGAAUGAAAACUCCACGAGAAAAUCUAUUGGCCAGCAAGUUGAAGGGUUUUCAGCGGUUGAAUUAAAUGUAUUCAGCGCUCGCAAGGGAAACACGCCUGCAAAGCCCGUUACGCACCUGCAUAAGGUAAGUCUGAAUACCAACUACUGAGAAGUGCUUAGGAAAGGCGUGUGCGUAAGAAAGGCAUCAUUUCCUAAAUCGGUAUCGGGCCCUUAGCGAAUAUCGAUUCAUUUACCAGUCAACACAUGAUAGGUUUUACACAGGUUGAGAAACUUGUGUUGAAGGCCUCGUUAUAGAGGACAUGGGGUACCUAUCUAAUUGUUGUUGUUGCUGUUGUUGUUAUUUACAGCCCAUGGAGCAGAGGAUCUGUCACCUGUGGGAUCACCCCAUCAGUUCAGCCUGUAUCUCCAGAGACUAUGUCAGAGGCCUACUGGAGAAACACGCCAACACCAAAGUAACACUGACCUGUUCUGCUUCAACUAAUCAACUGUACAAUCACCAAUUCAAUAUCACCAAGAGCAGGAAGUAGUUAUUGCUGGACUUGAUUAGUUAGAUGGUUUGUCUGUUGUUCCAGGGUUCUACGUUCAUGGAGAGAGAUGAGCCUGGCUUCAGGCCUGAGUUCCUGCCUCUCACAUUCCUGGCCAAAAUCCUGUUGGAUGUGGAAGAUCGAGGUAUUUAUUUAGAGAAUGUUUCUCUGGUCUGUACAAGUGAAACUAGCUUAUUAAACAGCCAAGCCAAACUGUGUUUAAGUGUGUGUCUGUACGGUGUGUGUGUGUUUCUGAUGGUGUGUCUAUUCUGUGUUGCAGCUCUGAACCCUUUUGAGGAGCAUGGACAAUGUGGAUGCCAGGUUUGUGGAGGAGACGUCUCUGAAACAGACUCUGAUCCUGCUGGGCUUCCAGGACAAGUGAGGGAGGGAGAGACCGAUUGGGAGAGAGAGAGAGAGAGGUGAAGAAAGAGGCGGAGCAGGUCAAGGCUCCAAGUUUUCACUCAACACUUCAUAUUCCAUAAGCACUCAGAGAGCGGGGACAGUUUGAAAUGACACUUUCAAUGUUGAUUACUCAACGCUCCAAUACACGAGAAUCUAUGAAAUCCAUUAGAUUCUGAUGAAAAAUGGGUCUGGUGACAAUAGUAAUCGGUUAUGCAUUCAUUUGACAGGUUGAUAUUUCUCCCCCCUCUGUCUGUUGCUCAAUUCCCCCACACUGACCGGAUGGAUGAGGCUCUUACA